GCAUUAAUUGUUUAUUGAUAGUGGAAGCGGUUAACAUUAAUCUAAUCUAAAGAGCAAAAUGAAGUUAAAAAAGGGGGUUUUCUUCGAAUAUUUGAAUUUAAACAAGUUUCAUUGCCUUCUCUCACUGACUAACACUAAAAUAAUUUAUGAUUAUUUUUGUCUUCUGGACAUUCAUGAGAAAAAAACACUGAAUGACAUUCAGUUCUACCAUUUCAUGAAGCAUGUGACAACAAUGGGGAAGAAACACAUAAUGCUGACGUUCGACAUGCUGGAUUGGGAUGCUGAUGGAGAAAUUGGUUUUGAGGAGUUUUAUAUGAUGGUCUGCAUUUUGCUCAGUAGUGAACACGAUGUGGAAGAGACCUUCAUCUGUCACCAUUUCCUCCCUGUCUUUGAGCUGUUGGAUAUGGACGGUAGCAAAACCAUCAACCUGAAAGAGUUUAAGGCAUCCGGAUUCCUUUUCAACCUCAAGGGUUCUGAUUUCAAAAAGAUUUUGAACCUGUUUGACAUCACUGGGGACGAGUGCCUGAAUCUGAGUGAGUUUCAGAAGUUUACCAUGAUGUGCAUGGAUGCCCAAAAGGAGUUUAAGAGAAAACGUGGAAAAUUACACCGUCUCGUGGACAUCUGCACAUAUUUUGCGAAAGAAGAAGAUGAACUUCAUUUACUUGACUGAGUAAAAUGUGCUUGAGAAAUAAAAUGAAGUGACUUCUGUUUAUUCUGUCUACUGUCUGAUGUAAUUAAUAGGAAAAACAAUAGUAGUAAUUGUAAGUAUCAAAAGUAAAAUAGAAGAGACAAUGAGGUAUUUGUUAAGAAUGAUAUCGCUUAUAUAUGUGGACUAGUCCAGACUAGUCACAUUUUUUACUCAAGUGAAAAUUUCUCAGGUUAUGUACAUUUCUGUUAAAGAUACAUACCUUUACACUUUGGCUACACAAAAGCUGUUUAUAUAUUUCCACUACAAAUGCCCAUGAAAGAUAUAGAGUUCAUUAUCUGUGCACCAUGUGAGGCUGUCACAAUGGAAUCUGUUGUCAGUCAAUUUUGUAGGCUUUUCAGUAAAAUGUGAACAGCAAUUCAAUUUUGAAAGUUUCUACCAUGAUAGUUUAUUGAGUGAAACUGAGCUUUCACAUACAUACAAAGCAGAGACAAGAGAGGAGGGAGAGAGUUUACUUCCCACAUUUACCACUAAAAGGGAAACUGACAGUCACCUUUAGCAGCUGACAACAGUGCUCUGUGACACACUGUCCUUUCUGAAUCUCGAUUACAUUUGACAUUUAGUAUAACUUACAGUUG